AUGGUGUCCCUAGAAAUUGUUCAGGCAACCUCUAGAUCCAUGGACACACCUUCCAGCCCCCGGAUUUCGUUCUCUGCCGAAUUCCUCGACGAAAAUAACUUCAUCUCCAUCACCCCAAAUGCCCAUCAGGGUGAGCAAGAUCUUAUAAUGGAGUGUGAUCAAAAGGUACGUAACCCAGAAUUCGAGUUUCUCUCAAGCAAUGUGAGUAGCCAUACCAUGUUAUCUGCAGAUGAGCUUUUUUUUGAAGGGAAGCUCCUUCCCUUUUGGCAAAAGCAGCAUGCUGAGAGGCUCAGCAAGCUUAGCCUCAAAACCAAAGAUGUUGAGGGAGAUGAGAAUGAGGAAGGGGUGAACAAGGAGGAGAGCAGAGGGAGUUGGUUUGUUGACGAUGACCCCUCUCCAAGGCCACCUAAGUGCACCGUUUUAUGGAAAGAGUUGCUGAAGCUGAAGAAGCAGCGCGCUUCAUCAUUGUCCCCAUCUUCUUCUUCCUCCUCUUCGACGUCUUCUUCGAGCUCAUUUGCUGAUGCAGCAACAGCAGAUCAAGAGAAGGAGGGGAUGGGGAGCAAAGAGAAGUACAUGAAGAGGAUAAAGAAAGGGUUGGAGAGAACAAGAUCAGCCAGUAUAAGAAUAAGGCCAAUGAUCAAUGUGCCAAUUUGCACACAGGUGAAGAGCACUUCCUUGCCACCUUUGUUUCCUCUCAGGAAAGGAAGGCUAGAGAGGUGA